UCUCAAAACUUACUCGACACUCCACUUGUGCUCACUUGAGUUUUUUCUUUUCUUUAUCCUUUUGAUACCAUGUUGCCUGCAACUUUCAAACUCUGCGCUGGCAUUUCCUAUCGUCACAUGCGGAAUAUGACUGGGUUGAGGAAGAACGCCAUGGUAGCCAUCAGCCACAAGCUGAGCAGCAUGAGCCUGACAGACCAAGGACCCAGCAGAUGGAUCAGCCAAGUCAGGCGGAGGAGCUCCCUGCUCAGCAGCAGGAUUGAGGAGGAGCCGUGUAGCGAGGUGGAGCUGGCCUACGUGAAGCAGGGGCAGGAGGCUCUGCAGAAGUCCAUCAACAUCCUCAGCCAACAAGAUGGCUGGCAGACCGAGAUCGAGACGGCCAGCGGUGAUAGGGUGUUGAGCAAGGUGCUGCCAGACAUCGGUAAGGUCUUCAAGCUGGAGGUGGUGCUGGAACGGCACCCUGACGAGCUCUACAACGAGCUGGUGGACAACAUGGAGCAGAUGGGGGAGUGGAACCCCAACGUCAAACAGGUCAAGAUCCUCCAGAAAAUUGGCCAGGAGACCAUGGUGACCCACGAGGUGUCGGCGGAGACCCCUGGUAACGUGGUGGGCCCGCGGGACUUUGUGAGUGUGCGCUGUGCCAAGCGGAGGGGCUCCACCUGCUUCCUGGCCGGCAUGUCAACUCAGCACGCUGCCAUGCCCGAACAGAAGGGCGUCGUCAGGGCGGAGAAUGGUCCGACCUGCAUUGUGAUGCGCCCUUGCGCAGAGGACCCUGACAAGACAAAGUUUACCUGGUUACUGAGCAUAGACCUGAAGGGAUGGAUCCCCAAGUCCAUCAUCAACCGGGUGCUCUCCCAAACCCAGCUGGACUUUGCCCAGCACCUGAGGCACAGGAUGGCGGCCAGUGAGGAGGAGCUGGAGGCGGCCGCCCUGGCCUGCUGACACCCCUGGCCCAUGGCUGGAUGUUGACUCUCCACAGUGAUGGGCAACCCGGAUUCAGAAACUUAUAUUACAAUCCAGUGCCAUGAUAUAUUCCAAGUGACCUGGUUUCUUUUUCUGAAAUAUAUAUUUUUUGGGGCUUUUUAUUGCCUUUAUUUGACAGGAUAGUGAAGGUAGUGACAUGAAGUGAGUGGGCAGAGAGAGAUGGGAGCCAGGCCGGGAGCUGAACCCAGGUCGGCCGCAUAGCUAACGAGUGCCCUACCAUUUGCGUCACGGAAGGGCCAAGUGACCUGGUUUGAAUGAGGUUAUUGCCCUAAUUGGACACGUAAAACAAAGUUGUUUGGAAUACAUGACACUGGAUUAUAGCUUCCGAAUCCAGGUUGCCCAUCAGUGAUCGGCUUCUGAACCCCUACCCCCCCAUCAGAAGCUGCUGGCGGACCCCCCCUCUGAUGAAGAAGAAGACACUGAAGACCUGCCCAGCCAUGAUACUCCCCCUCUUCCACCCCCCAACCCCCCAUCCCCUGCGUACACCCACUUGUAAAUACUUACAUUACAGUACAUACAUGAUCAAGAAAGUAGAGUAACUUUAUUGAUCCCCUACAUAAGAAAAUGUAUUCCAAUACUCAUCCAACUUGUCCCAAUUCAGACCAAAUGUAAUCUAAUCCAGACUAGGAAGACGUGCGUACCAGACUACCUGACCACUAAAUCUUUGGUGAGACUUAACUUGACGCCGGUGUCAUAUGCAUGUCAUUACAGUGUCAUAACAGUGUCAUGGCACAUGGCACAAUUUUGGGUUGUCUUUGCCAUAACAGAGUGUCACUUAAAACCAACAGUCAUAAAAUGUUUAUGACAUGGACAUAAUGCUUAUGACUUAUCUAUGACUGUUUAAUGACACUAUUAUGACAUUGUAAUGACAUGCAUAUGACACCGGCGUCAAGUAAAGUGGUAGCAAAUCUUUUAAAACCAUACUGAGGAUCUUCAAGAGGUUCAAGAGCUCCUCUAGAACUGGAUAGCCACUGUGUCAUGCGCACAUCUUUUUUUAUUUAAUCUGAAGUCUGGUACAUAGAUGUUCUUUCUCCACACACACAUCUGGCUCAGAUACAUUUUAUUAUCAUAAGCAGUUGUUUGUAGACCUCGUUUGUAUAAAGAAAAGCCCCUUUGUAACAUGUUCAACAUAAAGAUCUUUGUUAAUAUUUAUUACGUUUAUGUCAUUGCACCACCCUGGGUAAGGAUGUCUGCCAAGUGAAUAA